GCGGCGCGCGCGCUGCGCUCCUUCCCUUGGCAGAGCCUAGAAGAGAAAUUACGGGACUCAUCAGGUCCUGAGCUGCUGCUGGAUAUUUUGCAGAAGACCGUGAAACAUCCUCUGUGUGUGAAGCAUCCACCAUCAGUGAAGUAUGCCCGGUGCUUUCUCUCAGAGCUCAUCAGAAAGCACGAGGCUGUCCACACGGAGCCUUUGGACGAGCUGUACGAGGCGUUGGCAGAUGUCCUGAUGACCAUGGAGCCCACCCGGUGCCACCGGAGCUAUCUGCUGCCUUCCGGAGACUCGGUCACACUCUCGGAGAGCACGGCCAUCAUUUCCCAUGGCACCACUGGCCUGGUCACGUGGGACGCCGCGCUCUACCUUGCCGAAUGGGCCAUAGGGAACCCAGCAGUCUUUGCUCACAGGACUGUCUUAGAGCUCGGCAGCGGAGCUGGCCUCACAGGCCUGGCCAUUUGCAAGACGUGCCGUCCCAGCGCAUACAUCUUCAGUGACUGUCACAGCCGAGUCCUCGAGCAGCUCCGAGGGAACAUCCUUCUCAACGGACUCUCACUGGAGGCAGACGCCACUGACCCUGAAAGGCACCCAGGACACAACACCUGCGACUCAGAGAGCCCCAGGGUGACGGUGGCCCAGCUGGACUGGGACGUCGUGAUGGGCUCUCAGCUCGCUGCCUUCCAGCCGGAUGUCGUCAUUGCAGCAGAUGUGCUGUAUUGCCCGCAAACUGUCCUCUCCCUGGUCCAAGUCCUGCAGAGGCUCUCUGCUUGCCUGAUGGACCAGCAGGCUCCUGACGCCUACAUUGCCUUCACCGUCCGCAACCCUGAGACAUGCCAGCUGUUCACUAGAGAACUGGGCAGAGCUGGGAUCCCAUGGGAAGCUGUGCCUUAUCACGACCAGAAGCUGUUUCCCUAUGAAGAGCACUCAGAGAUGGCAAUUCUGAAACUAACUCUGUAGAUUUACAAAUGUUUUAAAGAUUAACAUGAAAAUUAAAUCACCAUCCUGGAAGUAAGUUUUAUGUAGGAAAGCUGAUAAACUUUUCACUGGA